ACUUAGUACCACAUAAUAACUCCCCCCAAACUGAAUCCUCCUUCCCUAACCGCCACCAAUUAACGCUUGAGUUCCAACACGAACAAUCGAACCAGGAUAUGGGUUCACGCUUGGAUUGGGGUGUUGCUGAUGUGGCGUUGUGGGCGAUUGCCGACCAAAUUGAUUAUCACCAAGUAUUCAUCAACGAGGUGGACAAUGAACCGGCGGCCAAGGCUGUGGAUGUGGUGCUCACCUACCUGAAGAAGAACAUCCGAUAUGGACUAUCGGUGCAGCUGGAUUCGAUAGAGGCGAACAAGUCGGAUGCCAAGGUGCUGCUGGAAGCUAUUUGCAAUAAGUACGCAACAAGUAUUGAGAAGAAGCAGACGCCUCACCUGAUCCUGGACACCACCAAAUCGGGCAUAGCCUCGGAAACGGUGAAGAGCUUCACCCAGGCCCUGGGUCUGCCCACCAUUAGUGCCUCCUAUGGUCAGCAGGGAGACUUGAGGCAGUGGCGCGACUUGGAUGAGGCGAAGCAGAAGUAUUUGCUGCAGGUGAUGCCGCCGGCGGAUAUUAUUCCCGAGGCCAUUCGAAGUAUAGUGAUUCACAUGAACAUCACGAAUGCUGCCAUUCUGUACGAUGAUUCCUUCGUCAUGGACCACAAGUACAAGUCCCUGCUGCAGAACAUCCAAACCCGUCAUGUGAUCACCGCCAUAGCCAAGGAUGGCAAGAGGGAGCGCGAGGAGCAGAUCGAAAAGCUGAGGAACUUGGACAUCAACAACUUCUUCAUUCUGGGCACCCUGCAAUCGAUCCGCAUGGUUUUGGAGUCGGUGAAGCCAGCUUAUUUCGAGCGCAACUUCGCCUGGCACGCCAUCACCCAGAACGAAGGAGAGAUCAGCAGUCAGCGGGACAAUGCGACCAUUAUGUUCAUGAAACCCAUGGCGUAUACGCAAUAUCGAGAUCGUUUGGGAUUGCUGCGAACCACUUACAAUCUGAACGAGGAACCGCAGUUGUCAUCGGCGUUUUACUUCGAUUUGGCACUUAGGAGUUUCCUGACCAUCAAGGAAAUGUUACAAUCGGGCGCCUGGCCAAAGGACAUGGAGUAUCUGAACUGUGACGACUUUCAAGGUGGCAACACACCCCAAAGGAACUUGGAUCUUCGGGAUUACUUCACCAAGAUUACCGAACCGACUUCGUAUGGAACCUUCGAUCUCGUCACGCAACCCACUCAGCCAUUCAAUGGCCAUAGCUUUAUGAAAUUCGAAAUGGAUAUAAACGUGCUGCAGAUUCGUGGUGGCAGUUCCGUGAACAGCAAGUCCAUCGGCAAAUGGAUAUCGGGUCUGAACUCGGAGCUCAUCGUCAAGGACGAGGAGCAGAUGAAGAAUCUCACUGCGGAUACGGUUUAUCGAAUCUUUACUGUUGUGCAAGCUCCUUUCAUAAUGCGCGAUGAAACGGCUCCGAAAGGAUACAAAGGAUACUGCAUUGAUCUGAUCAACGAGAUAGCCACGAUUGUCCACUUCGAUUACACCAUCCAGGAGGUGGAGGACGGCAAGUUUGGCAACAUGGACGAGAAUGGCCAAUGGAAUGGCAUUGUCAAGAAGCUGAUGGACAAACAGGCGGACAUUGGUCUUGGCAGCAUGUCGGUGAUGGCCGAACGGGAGAUAGUCAUUGACUUUACGGUUCCGUACUACGAUCUGGUCGGGAUUACGAUCAUGAUGCAGCGACCCAGUUCGCCCAGCUCGCUGUUCAAGUUCCUCACCGUGCUGGAAACGAACGUGUGGCUUUGCAUCCUGGCUGCCUACUUCUUUACCAGCUUUCUCAUGUGGAUCUUCGAUCGCUGGAGUCCCUAUAGCUAUCAGAACAAUCGGGAGAAGUACAAGGACGACGAGGAGAAGCGAGAGUUCAAUCUGAAGGAGUGCCUCUGGUUCUGCAUGACUUCAUUGACGCCUCAAGGCGGUGGCGAGGCUCCAAAGAAUCUGUCUGGGCGUUUAGUGGCCGCCACCUGGUGGCUAUUCGGUUUUAUCAUAAUUGCCUCGUACACUGCCAAUUUGGCUGCCUUCUUGACCGUAUCACGUUUGGAUACGCCCGUUGAAAGCUUGGAUGACCUGGCGAAGCAGUACAAGAUCCUGUACGCUCCAUUGAAUGGCUCAUCUGCCAUGACAUAUUUCGAGCGUAUGUCCAACAUAGAGCAGAUGUUUUACGAGAUUUGGAAGGAUCUGUCGCUGAACGACUCCCUGACCGCCGUGGAGCGCUCCAAGCUGGCUGUUUGGGAUUAUCCAGUGAGCGACAAGUACACCAAGAUGUGGCAGGCCAUGCAGGAGGCGAAGCUACCGGCCACCCUCGACGAAGCGGUCGCCCGGGUUAGGAAUUCGACAGCGGCCACGGGAUUUGCAUUCCUGGGCGAUGCCACCGAUAUACGCUACCUGCAGUUGACCAACUGCGAUCUGCAGGUGGUGGGCGAGGAGUUCUCCCGGAAACCCUAUGCCAUAGCCGUUCAACAGGGCUCGCAUCUCAAGGAUCAGUUCAAUAAUGCAAUCCUGACCCUGCUCAACAAACGACAGCUGGAGAAGCUUAAGGAGAAAUGGUGGAAGAACGACGAAGCUCUGGCCAAGUGCGACAAGCCGGAAGAUCAAUCGGAUGGCAUCUCGAUUCAGAACAUUGGCGGCGUCUUCAUCGUCAUAUUUGUGGGCAUUGGAAUGGCCUGCAUCACGCUGGUCUUUGAGUACUGGUGGUACAGGUACCGCAAGAAUCCGCGGAUCAUCGAUGUGGCCGAGGCCAAUGCGGAGCGAUCCAAUGCUGCGGACCAUCCCGGUAAGCUGGUCGACGGUGUGAUCCUGGGCAACUCGGGCGAGAAGUUCGAGAAGUCAAAAGCUGCACUGCGUCCGCGCUUCAAUCAGUAUCCGGCCACGUUUAAGCCACGCUUCUAGAAUUACUCGUAUACCAUUGAAUUGAAUAUUAUGGUAAAAUGAGCACUCGGAUGUCUACGUCUAGUUUUAAAGGAAUCAGUCACUUUGUGCACUUUUAUUGCGAUCUUAAUAAAUGUUUUAACAAGAUGA